AUGCUCUCACCCAAAACCUUCUCUGCAGUGGCGAAACUAGUGUUUGAAAGUCCGGUUCGGUCCGGUUUUUUGAUGCCCAGGGGCAUUAACCGUAACCGUAACUGGUCUGCCUUUUCCCCAGAAGUCAAAAGACCAGACCGGACCGCAAAAAACCGCAGUCUGCGGUCUUUUUGCGGUCUAUAG